AUAGGGUUAACUCCUGGCACCCAGCGUUCAUCCAAUCAGAUUAACUCUGGCGGCUGCAUCCGGAACCACUUGAAUGAACCAGAGCAUCACUCACUGCAAGACGUUUUUCUGAUAGUGAGCAGUUCAGCAUGGGACGCAGAAAGUCGAAGAGGAAGCCGCCACCCAAGAAGAAGCUGACUGGGAACCUGGACACCCAGUUCACCUGCCCCUUCUGUAACCACGAGAAGUCCUGCGAUGUCAAAAUGGAACGGACUCGAAAUACGGGAAUCAUAUCAUGCACAGUCUGCUUGGAGGAGUUCCAGACCCCUAUUACUUACCUUUCGGAAGCAGUGGACGUGUACAGCGAUUGGAUCGAUGCUUGUGAAGCAGCCAAUCAGUAGCAGUGGUUUCCAGUGACACCUUGCAAACAUUCCACUUGACUCAUUUGUUGACCAAGCAACCAUGGUUCCUUUUAUAUCACUUGUUUAGUUGUAUCUUUUUUAGCUUUGAGAAGCUCCAAACAUUUAUCUGGCAGGGUGAGUGGUCGGGCUAACCGUCUAAAGGGAUCAUGUUAUGUUUAUAUCACACAAUGUGGACCUUGCAACAUCCUUACCUUUGUAUCCUGUCCAUUUGGGUCAAGUCAUCUGUGUAGUUUUUCCUUAUCGAUCCAGGGGUGAAACAAUUGUGUUCAUUACUCAGUGAGUAGGAGGUAUUUGGGUUUCAUGUUGUACGAGGUAUACAAAUGCUAACACUCUCCGAACUACUUUGAUGUCAUUUGUUUUAUCCCUAUGGCCCAUUCCGUUAUAUCUUUAGCAUAGAUUAGUGCUUCGUAUUUUUACUCCAUCAAGUGUUAUUCUGAAUUUUAUUUUGUACUUUUAUGUUGUGUUAAUUUUGCCUGUAUGGAAGAUUACAAUCAUGCCAUUUGUAUGAGAAACGUAACUCUGAGAAUAAAAUUUGGAGGCUAAACUUUGAA